AUGGGCAUCUAUGAUUCACCAGCGAUGAUCACAUUUAUCACGAAUAUGAGAUCCCAACUAUUGCAUACAUAUAUUGGUCACUCAAUGGGCGCAAAUAGUUUUUUCAUAAUGGCAUCAGAGCGUCCGGAAAUCGCGCAAAUGAUGAUCAGUCUCGCACCAGCAGUCUUUAAAAACCACAUGCAGAGUCCGAUACAAUACUUCUACCCAUUUCAAAAUGAGCUUAAGUUGGCGAUGCAAUUGUUCUUUCACGAUGAAUUCUUCGGUGAUUCUGUAAGAUUUCUUUUGGAAGAUAUCUGUGACCAGAACAUUGAAUUUUGUUUCAAUAUGAUAUCUAUGAUCUGGGGUGAUGAUCGCGAACAGUUUAACAUUACUCUGUUGCCUGUCAUCUUGAAAAAUGCUCCGGCCGGCACCUCGAUUAAGACUAUUCUGCAUUUCAUCCAGGUAUUUGAAUCAGGCAAGUUUCGCAAAUAUAAUUACGGUCGCGAGAGAAAUCUAUUGAUUUAUAAUUCGACGGAACCACCAAAUUAUAAUUUAUCGAAUACCACAGUACCAAUCGCGUUGUUUUACGCCGAUAAUGACUGGAUAGUUGACACAGAGGAUGUGAAAAGGUUGUACCAUUCACUGUCCAAUGUAGUGGAUAUGUACGAAGUGCCGUGGUCCAAAUUUAAUCAUGUGGAUUUUAUAUGGGCAAAAGAUGCGCCAAAACUGGUAUACGAUAGGAUUCUCAAGAUCAUGAAAGGAAAAAAUCCAAAAAACGUUACAUCAAUCAAAUAA